CUUCCUGCGUGGUUUGAGCCCGGCGGCGCGCCGUAGCCUUGUUGUCAUAGCGACCAAAGCGCCGCGGCCUGGUCUCGAAAAGCUGCGCGGGGAAGCCUCGGCGAGUGUAGCGUUAGCCGAGUGAGUCAAAACAGCAGAGGAUAUUUCGCAAAGUUUCCUGGAGCCACCAUGUCCUUUCGCGACCUCCGGAAUUUUACUGAGAUGAUGAGGGCUCUAGGCUAUCCCCGGCUGAUCUCAAUGGAGAACUUUCGCACUCCAAACUUCAUGCUGGUUUCAGAGAUACUCAUUUGGCUGGUGAAAAGGUAUGAGCCUCAGACUGAUAUUCCUUCAGAUGUUGAUACGGAGCAGGAUCGGGUCUUUUUCAUUAAAGCAGUUGCUCAGUUUAUGGCGACAAAAGCUCACAUCAAGCUCAACACCAAGAAGCUCUACCAAGCAGAUGGCUAUGCAGUGAAGGAGCUCUUAAAGAUCACCUCUGUUCUUUACAAUGCUAUGAAGACCAAAGGAAUGGAAGCCACUGCAGUGGGUGAAGAAGACACGAGCAAAUUCAAAUUUGACCUUGGCUCAAAAAUCAGCGAUUUGAAGACGGCCAGGCAGCUUGCUUCAGAAAUCACUUCCAAAGGAGCAUCUCUCUUUGAUUUACUGGGCAAAGAAGUAGAGCUGAGGGAAAUAAGAACAGAAGCAAUUGCCACUCUGGAGAUAAAUGAGACUGAAAAGGUGAUGAGAGUUGCCAUCAAAGACAUUUUGGAGCAGGUCCAGAAAACCAAAGACAUGCUGAGCAAUGUGGCAUCAGAUGAAACCAGUUUGGAGGCCAAGAUUGAAAAGAGGAAAUUGGAGCUGGAAAGAAACCGCAAGCGGCUACAGACUCUUCAGAGCGUUCGCCCAGCUUUUAUGGAUGAAUAUGAGAAGAUUGAGGAGGAACUGCAGAAACAAUAUAGCUAUUACCUGGAAAAAUUCCGUAACCUUACAUAUCUGGAACAGCAGCUGGAUGACCAGCACCGAAUGGAGCAGGAGAGAUUUGAGGAAGCAGAGAACACUUUGCGUUUGAUGCAGAACAAGCUGAAGGAGGAAGAGAAGCGCUUGCUGAAGAGUGGAAACAAUGACGACUCAGACAUAGAGAUCCAUGAGGAUGAGGGAUCUGACAGUGACAUGGAAGACAGGCAGCUAAUGAAGCAGCAUACGGCCAUGGAGAUGCUGAUGCAAGGGAGACCAAACAAGCGGAUUGUAGGAACGAUGCAAGGUGGAGACACAGAGACGAUGUAAGUCGGGGCAGCCCAAGCCCGAGCCAGUAAGCGCAAAGUCUCCAGAGCCAAGGCUAAGGACGAUACUGAAGAUAGUGAAAUUGAUCUGGAUGACGAUGAUGACGAUGACGACGACCUGGAAGACGACAGCAUGGAUCUCUCUCCCAACAAGGCGAGUCGGAGGGUGAGGAAGCCCGAGCCCCUGGAGGAGAGUGAUAAUGACUUUUGAGCAGCCAGGUCAUCUCCAGAGACAAACCUUGAGGAGCACAGAGAAGCUAAAAUGUUGACCCACAUGACUCUGACAG